CGUACUUCCGGUCAGGAAUCGCUGCUCUUCCGCUUGUAAACACAUCGCUCGGGUGUCUGUCAGCUAUAAAUAAUUCACAACAACCCGUUUUUCCGUUUCGGAAAAGCGUUUUUUUCCCCUCCGCGCGCAGCGAAUUGCCGAGAAUGAAGAAGUUUUUCGACGACAUCAAGAAGGAUAUGAAAUUCAAGUCAGCGGGGCCGGGAAAGAAACUUACAGACGACAGCAGCUGUCAUCCUCAAGCCCCUCGGGCUCCUCAGGGAGGGCCCAGGAAAGCUCCCACCGAGGGCGCGCAGAGAGCAGGGGCCGCGGCCCUCGCCAGGAUCGAGCAACAGCACCGGCCCAAGGUGCAGACGUCCCAAGAUGCCAUAAGGAACCAGGUCAAGCGAGAACUUGAAGCAGAAGCGGCCGCCACGGCGUCCAGUCUGAAGAACGCCGAUGUCGAGGGGGCCUGUGUCCCACAAAAGGAUCCAUCUUGCUUCUCGGUGUCGGGAGUGUUCUUCAUCUGUCCUCUUACUGGAAAAACCUUAAGGAAGACUGAAAAAGAGACGCACAUAAAGGAAGCCAUUCUAAUGAGGUUCUCAGAAGAUGCGAUGGAGGCCUCCAUUAUGAUGAUUCACACCUUUAAUAAAGACAAAGACAAAGUAAAAGCUGCGACCGACAUCAUUAGCAAGUACGUCGAAAACAUCUGUAAGAACCCCACGGACGAGAAGUACAGGAAGAUCAAACUUAGCAACAAGGUGUUUCAGGAGAAGGUGAGUGGGAUUGAAGGAUCUCGGGAGUAUCUUCAGGCGUUGGGAUUUGAAAGCACCACACUGACGAUGGAUGGUGAAGACAGGACUGAAGAGUUCCUGGUGCUGCCGGAGCAGGAGUCCGAGGCUCUGGAGCAGAUGAAGGCUGCUGUGGAGCGGCUGCAGAAGGCCGAGCCGAUCAGAGCCAAGCUGGACCGCCAGCCGCAGGUCUUCAGACCCUCCAAGCACGCCACGCACUUCGAGCUCCCUCCAGACUUCUACAAUCUGACCCCGGAGGAACUGAAAAGAGAACAGCAGCAGAAGAGUGAAGCCGUGGAGAGAAAUGCAAUGCUGAGAACGAAAGCCAUGCGUGAGAAAGACGAGCAGAGGGAGAGGAGAAAGUACAGCUAUGCUCUUCUGAGAGUGCGCUUACCAGAUGGGAAUAUACUACAGGGCACGUUCCUGGCCUGGGAGAGGGUGGCGGCGGUGUACCAGUUUGUGCGCGAUUCUCUGGAGAACGGCUGGCAACCCUUUGAGCUGAUGGCACCCGGCGGACAAAAGCUAAAAGACGACGAGGAAUCGGCUCUGAACGAGUGCAACCUGGCCCCAGCGGCUCUGCUGACCUUCUCGUGGGACGCCGCGGUGCAGGCGGACAUCGCUGCCGCCGGGGCGAAGACUGCCGUUCUGCUCAAAGCCGCGCUGUUAGAGAACAUCAAGACCCUGAGCUGAACGUUUAGUGUCCUCGGUUCGCUGCUGUCCCCCCACGCCAGUUUCCCUCCCAUCGUCCUCCACCUCAAUCCCACAAGGCCCCCGGGGCAUCGAUUGCCUCCACAGCAUGUGCUAAGCGGAUUUAUACGGUGCUAAACGCAGGAGUUUUUCCUGCCGGUGAGCAUUAGCACCUCACGGGCCAAUUUCCAAACAAUCUGUCCUAUUAUUAUAAUGCAUUGUUGCUUGAGGCGACACGACCAGUCGUUACGCGAUGAGGGAAGAUGCUCGGUUCGAUUGGAAAUGGGGUGUAAGGAUCUGGAGCACUUUUUAGCUGCCGCUGAAAGAGAAAUGUCGGUGCACCCCGAAGUAAGCGUCGUCGCGGCGAUGGAAGCACUGAUCUAACACGUUGCCGUUUGGUUUCCUGCUCAACAUAAAGCUAAGCACGAAUGUCACAGCGCUACUUAAGUUAGAUGAAACGCUCUACACAAUCUACCUCCUGAUGCAGAUAAAUGUCCGCUCGUUUCACUCGUCACUUAAUUAACUUGUGUAUUUCCAAGGUAUAAUUCAAAAAUUCAGCAUGAGAUUAAUCCAGAUUUUCCCUUUUUUGCACUAGUUUUUGUGACCCGGCCUAUAGGUUCAAGUAAAUGAGGCGAAACCUCUGCGCGUAAACUAGAAUGACAAAGUGCAGGAAACGUUAACACUCCCCGCGCUACAAAAGCAAGGUGUCAAGCAAUUUAUGGUUGAUAUUUGAAUACAAUAAACAAUGUGGAAUAUUAAGCAGCUUGUCGCCGUUUGUACGUGUGAAAUAACUGGCGCAUUUAAAAAAUGGCCACCAAUGUACUUGCGUUACAAACAAGACGGAUAACAGACGCUAGAUAAGUUGGUCUUUGUAGCCUGCGUUCAUGCACUCUAAUGAUGAAAUAUACCUUAAAAGUCUACGCAAUGGCAUGAAACCACCACUUUUAAACAGAAACCUUUUUUUUUUUUUAGCUUCCUUAACCGCUGUAAGUAACCUAAAGUGCAGUAAAUCAAAAAAAGUGCAAUAAGCCAGAGUUAAUUAUAAUGUUAUAACAAAAGCUCGUUUGCGAUACAAUGGAGCAGUUUUUGUAAAGUGGAUGACACUGGAAACCUUUCACAGACGAGUUAAAAACAAGAUUAAUGCUUCGGGUGUCUGACUGAUUCUGUUGAUGAUCAUCUUGUUUCUUUACUGAACCAUGCCAUUUCAAAAACGAUCAGCGCUUGUAUUUUACACUAUUUUGUCAAGUAUAAAAUGUUCUGUUGCAUUUGAUGUGCCGUAUGAAAUAAAAUGCAAUGCCAGAUGA